GAUAUUCGGUUUUUCUGUGAUCAGAGGCAGCAGGAGGCAGCAGGAGGCAGAGAUCCGCAGCUGAGAGACAGAGGAGACGCUGCUGCAAACAUCCCUCUGACUUUAUUCAUUCUUCAUCUUCACUUUCUUCACCAUCAAACCCAGUUUAACCAGCAGCAGAGAGGACCGCAGACCCACUGAUGUCAGGCUGAACUCUGCUCUGCUCUUUUAUUAUUUACAUCAUCAUUAUAAUUUAUAUCUGAAGUGUUUGUGGUGGUCGCGGAGAUGCCGGUGCAGAUCCCGGACGACUCGGACUUCUCCUCGUUCAAAGAUCAGUGUCUGAGCGGAGACGGAUGGAUCAGCCGCUACAACAAGGGAGGAGUGACGGUGUGGUGCCGAGAGGAGGAGAGCAAGACGGUGCAGAAACUCAAGAUGAGGAUAGUGUGUAAGGACGUGACGCCAGAGACGCUGUACGAUGUCCUCCACGACACCAGCUACCGCAGGAAGUGGGACACCAACAUGAUCGACACGUAUGACAUCGGCAGGCUGACCGCCAACGCAGACGUCGGAUAUUACUCCUGGAAAUGUCCGAGCCCUCUGAAGAACAGAGACUUUGUGACGAUGAGAUCUUGGCUUCCUCUCGGCAACGACUACCUGAUCAUCAACUACUCCGUCAAACACCCGCAACAUCCUCCUAAGAAGGACUACGUCCGAGCCGUGUCCCUGCUGACCGGAUACCUGAUCCAGUCCAGCGGAGCCAACUGCUCCACCCUCUACUACCUGACCCAGAUGGACCCCAGAGGUUCGUUACCAAAGUGGGUCGUGAACAGAGUUUCUCAGUUCGUGGCUCCAAAGGCGAUGAGGAAGAUCUACAAGGCGUCUCUGAAGUACCCAGAGUGGAAGAGGAAGCACAACCCGAACCUGAAGCCGUGGAUGUUUCCGGAGCAGAACUCGCUGCCGUGCAUCAACGUGUCGGAGCUGACGGUGCAGCGAGCCGACUCCCUGGAGAACAUCGACGAGAGCGGACUGAGCGAGGACAAGACGCACAACAGCGACGACGAUGAGACUUAAACAGACUGAAAACACGACGUCUCAUUUCCUGUUUGUGGGUUUGUUUGUUUGUCACAGUGAUGAGAGCCGGACGAGACUUCAGCGGGACUCUGACUGUUUUUAUCUGCACAUACGUUUGUUCUUCUGUCGUCACUCUGUUCUGUCACAUCAGCUCCAGAUCUGCUCCAGUGACGUCUGUAGAUGUUCAGUGUUUCACAGAUUUACCAGUUUAGACCAAUAAAGACACCUGGUUCAGGUGAGGCAAAGAUGGUGGUCAUGAUUUAAGUCUCUGCACGUCCUCACAGGUGUUCACAGGGAAUCUGCUCAGGUUAAAGGUGGGCGGAGUUAAAAUGUAAAUGAGUGAGGUCACUAAACUGCAUGUACUAAUAGCUGGAUUUUUUUCUGUAAAAUGGAAGUUGUUGUUAAAUUAAAUUGGAAUAAGAAGAUGAGAAGACAGGAACAUAUAAUGUAACGGGGCUGCAAAUAAUGAUUUUUUUAUUAUCAAUGAAUCUGCAGAUUAUCCAUUAAUUGAUCUGUUAAGUGUUACAAACUGUGAAAAAUGCAGUUUAAAAUUUCCCGUAGUCCACAAUGAAGCACAGGAUUAUCACAGGAUCGACUAAUCCUUGCAGCUCCGUAGAGGAGCAGUCAGUUAAGACAUUACAACUCACAACAUGUAGAAACAGGACUUUACAUAAGACUAAACACAGUUAUUAUACUGUAUAGUUUUUCAAUUAAUGUUGACCAUGUCAGACAAAAGACCAGAAAUAUACUUAUUUUUUAACCACGUGUUUGCGUGAACAACCUGCUGUGUCGCAGUUGGGAGAAAUUUUCCUCGAUGGUUUUCUACCAGAAAGGGAUCUCUUGGUUAAGGUCGGGAAAAAAGUCAUGGUUUGGGUUAAAAUGAAUGGAUUUCUGUCAGACAGGGCUCUCUGGGAGAAAGCCUACAAGGGAAACUUCUGCCAUGUGCAGCUCUGUCUUCAACAGAAUAUUUAACAUACUUGUAAUGCAGGCUACGACGUGUGUUCCUGGAGGAUUCCACCAGAGGGCGCACCAGAGACCUUAGUUUACAGAAAAAUAAACAUGGCGACUCUUGAGGAGGCUAAUUUAUUGUUAAUUUUGAGAUCCCAGCAAAAGUAAGCGACAGAGGCGCCAACGUAGCCUGAGUGUCAGACUGAAGCUCCCAGAACCUUCAGUCUGACAUGGCCUCCAUUGAAGGUGAUUUACAAGGGGGAGGGAAUUAGAUUUUUUCCCUAACCAAUCAGUAGAGAUCAACGACUCACUCAGAAUCUGACGUCAUUAGUAUCCAUGCCUCGGGGGUGCCGACAACAAGCGAGCAUUGCCCGUUUAAAAUGUCACCGUCAUCGUGCACGCCCAGCUGCAUCGCCGUUAAAUCCAGUUUAGCAGCUUCCUUAAUUUGGUCCUCCAUUAACGCGAGUAAUGGCGAAAUACCUCGAUAGCAUCGUUAAUGUGCUCUGUAGGAUUUGUAGCGGUCGCCAUUGUUGCUAUCCUCACCAGUUACCCACCAGUGUACAGCUUGACAUCAGCGUGGCGCUGAUUGGCUAAUCGCUAGACCCGCCCCCACCCCCGGCGUUCAUUGGUCCGUCCAUCGUUCAGAUGAGAUAAAUCGCAAAUUCGUUGCAGCAUGCCAGACCAGUAAUGCAAGCCUACUCAGUUGAGUGGGCGGGGUCUAUGGUCUAUGUUAGCACUCGUAUCAUUGUUUGUGGUACCAAAUCAUUACUGACCCAACAAACAUUACUACAGCCUUUUUUUUGACAACAGUUUUGGUACUUGGUGUAAAAUUCGUGUAGGCUAUAACUAACAGACUCUUUGUCGUCCCCAGCCUCCAUGUUAAGAGUCGAGAAGUUUGCUUCGUCACUGAAAAUAUGAAGUGUUUCGUAAAGACGUAUGAGAUCUGAGACACUGUAUGUUUCUCUCGUUCUGGCAACACUGCCCCCUACUGUUCAUGUACAUACAGUAUCACAUUCAUUUCACUCACGUUUCUGCUGCUAACAUCUUGAUACCGAUGAUGGAAGACAGAUCUGGAGCUCUGACAGCUCCUCUUUAAAACCCUCUAAUGUAUUCACGAGACUGAUUUAUGAUGUUGUGAAUUUCAGGUUAACCUCUCUAAGUAUUAUUCUAUGAUGGGUAUUCUAUAUAUUUUAGAGAUGAUAAUCUGACAGACACAGUACAGAAACAUAGAUAUGAUUAGAUUUUUAUUCUUUAAACAGUUUCAGUAAAUACUGUUGACUCUCGUCUAAACUUCCCGUGACCUCCUGAUCUUUUAUUAAAAGUUGAAAAUAUGAUUUGUUCUUGUUGAAUAUCAGAUUAAAACAAGUGUGAAUGUUUGUAAAAAUCCUCCAGGUCUGAGAUUUUAUAUCAGAAAAUCAGCCUCAUGUUUUAACCUUAGAGUUGAUUGAUUAUUGAUGAUUUAAUCAAGUAUAGAACUGUUCUGUGUGAGUCUGCAGCGCCCUCCAGUGGACAGAUGACUUCACUACAGCCUGAACUUUAAUGAGAGAAAACAGCCUAAACAAAUCUCCUCAGUUCUUCUACUUUAAAUUAAGAUUUAAAUUAAUGAUGAUAUAUUUUGCUUUAGUUUAUUAAACCAGCUUCAUGUUCAGAUCAGCUGAUCUGAAUCUGCAGCAGACAGAUUGGAGCAUCUCUU